GGCUCCCCUCGACCGGAUGUCUCUGCUCGGGCCCUACUUUGUGCCUUGCUGGUGUCUCCGGUUCUGAGACGGAGGUACGGGCAGUGGGGCCCCCCACCCCACAGAGGAUGCAGUUCUUCGGCCGCCUGGUGAAUACCCUCAGCAGCGUCACCAACUUGUUCUCCAACCCAUACCGCGUGAAGGAGGUGGCCAUCGUCGACUACACCCUGAGUGAGCGCCUUCGGGAGGAAGGGCAGCUGAUCCUGUUCCAGAAUGUUCCCAAUCGCACCUGGGACUGCAUCCUGAUCAGCCCCAAGAACUCACAGAACGGCUUCCGGCUUUUCCAGCUGGAGUCAGAGGCCGAUGCUCAGGUGAACUUCCAACAGUACUCAUCCCAGCUGCCGCCCUUCUAUGAGAGCUCCACGCAGGUCCUGCAGGUGGAUGUCCUGCAGCAGUUGACUGACCUCAUCCGCAACCACCCCAGCUGGUCGGCCGCUCACCUGGCGGUGGAGCUGGGCAUCCGAGAGUGCUUCCACCACAGCCGCAUCAUCAGCUGUGCCAACAACACAGAGAACGAGGAGGGCUGCACCCCCUUGCACCUGGCCUGCCGCAAGGGGAAUGGGGAGAUCCUGGUGGAGCUGGUGCAAUACUGCCAUGCCCAGAUGGACGUCACGGACAACAAGGGGGAGACGGCCUUCCAUUACGCCGUGCAGGGUGACAACUCCCAGGUGCUGCAGCUCCUGGGCAAGAACGCCUCCUCGGGCCUGAACCAGGUGAAUAACCAGGGGCUGACCCCGCUGCACCUGGCCUGCCAGAUGGGGAAGCAGGAGAUGGUCCGCGUGCUGCUGCUGUGCAAUGCCCGCUGCAAUGUGAUGGGGCCGGGCGGCUACCCGAUCCACACCGCCAUGAAGUUCUCCCAGAAGGGGUGUGCUGAAAUGAUUAUCAGCAUGGACAGCAACCAGAUCCACAGCAAAGACCCUCGCUAUGGAGCCAGCCCCCUCCACUGGGCCAAGAACGCUGAGAUGGCGCGCAUGCUGCUGAAGCGGGGCUGUGAGGUGGAGAGCACCAGUGCCUCGGGGAACACAGCUCUGCACGUGGCCGUGAUGCGCAACCGCUUCGACUGCGUCAUGGUGCUGCUGACCUACGGGGCCAACGCGGGCGCCCGCGGCGAGAACGGCAACACCCCGCUGCACCUGGCCAUGUCGAAUGACAACUUAGACUUGGUCAAGGCCCUCAUUGUGUUUGGAGCAGAGGUGGACGUCCCAAAUGACUUCGGGGAGACUCCUGCAUUAAUAGCCUCCAAGAUCAGCAAAAUGGUCACCAGGAAGGCGCUCUUGGCCCUGCUGAAAACCGUGGGGGCUGACUACCGCAUCCCAAGCUUCCCAGAGGUCCCUGCGGCUCAGGGCUCUGCAGCGUCACCUCAUCCCUUCUCCCUGGAGAGAGCUCAGCCCCCAGAGAUCAGCUUAAACAACCUAGAGCUGCAGGACCUCUUGCCCAUCUCCCGGGCCCGGAAGCCGGCAUUCAUCUUGAGCUCCAUGAGGGACGAGAAGCGGACCCAUGAUCACCUGCUUUGCCUGGAUGGAGGGGGCGUGAAAGGCCUGGUCAUCAUCCAGCUCCUCAUCGCCAUCGAGAAGGCCUCUGGCAUGGCCACCAAGGACCUCUUUGACUGGGUGGCAGGGACCAGCACCGGGGGCAUCCUGGCCCUGGCCAUUCUGCACAGCAAGUCCAUGGCCUACAUGCGUGGCGUGUACUUCCGCAUGAAGGACGAGGUGUUUCGGGGCUCAAGGCCCUACGAGUCGGGGCCCCUGGAGGAGUUCCUGAAGCGGGAAUUUGGGGAGCACACCAAGAUGACAGAUGUCAAGAAACCCAAGGUGAUGCUGACUGGGACGCUGUCGGACAGGCAGCCUGCUGAGCUCCACCUCUUCCGGAACUAUGAGGCACCAGAGGCCGUUCGGGAGCCUCGCUUCACUCAGAAUGUUAACCUAAAGCCGCCAACCCACCCCUCAGACCAGCUGGUAUGGCGGGCGGCGCGGAGCAGUGGGGCAGCCCCUACCUACUUCCGGCCCAACGGGCGCUUCCUGGACGGCGGGCUGCUGGCCAACAACCCCACACUGGACGCUAUGACCGAGAUCCAUGAGUUCAACCAGGACAUGAUCCGCAAGGGCCAGGGGAGCAAGGUGAAGAAACUGUCCAUCGUUGUCUCCUUGGGGACAGGGAGGUCCCCGCAGGUGCCGGUGACCUGUGUGGAUGUCUUCCGGCCCAGCAACCCCUGGGAACUGGCCAAGACCGUUUUCGGGGCCAAGGAAUUGGGCAAGAUGGUGGUGGACUGUUGCACAGAUCCAGAUGGGCGGGCCGUGGACCGGGCCCGGGCCUGGUGCGAGAUGGUUGACAUCCAGUACUUCAGAUUGAACCCCCAGCUGGGGAUGGACAUCAUGCUGGAUGAGGUCAGCGACGCUGUGCUGGUGAACGCUCUGUGGGAGACGGAGGUGUACAUCUACGAGCAGCGGGAGCAGUUCCAGAAGCUGGUCCAGCUGCUGCUCGCUCCUUGAGCCCCCGACCCACCGCCGGCCCGGGACCGCAGAGCCGGCCUGCAGCUCCAUGAUCACCAGGGGCCGGCGGCUGCAUCCGGGGGCCAGCCCCCCGCCUUGUCACUUCAGGCCCCCCUUGGCCCCUUUCCUGACUUGCCUGAGGGACUAAAAACCAGGGGAGCCCCACCCCGCCUGGCCUGGAGGCCAGCCCACCCAAUCUACCCCCUUCCCUGGCGGUAGGGGCCAGAGAAAUGGGGAGUCACUGCCCCACUACUUACAGAAACACAGGCUCCAGGAGUGGGGUGUCCCAUUCAACUUUGCCCUCUGCACACCCCAGCACCCCACCCCUAGAGCUGCCCAGCUCCCAAAGGUCACUCCUGUGAGCUCACUUCCCUGCCCACGUGCUGUGAGAACAGGAGGGGCCACCCCGAAAUGUGAAAUAAAUUAUUCUGACUCAGG